AUGACAACAAAAGGUAACAAAAUUCGCCAAAAAAAUUCAACAAAGGGACAGCACCACACGAGCCCAGAACCUCAAUUGUGGAGUCUACUUCCUGCCACAAUUGUGCUUGCCAUAUACACGUACCUUGGCGACAUCGACAGGGUUUCAAUGGCCAGGGUAAGGGGUUUUAUUUAAAAAUAUGAAAAACACCAUAUCAUUGGUAUUAAAUGAUACAAUUUGGAGAGCUUUUGCUGGUAACGUGGAAAGAAGUAGGGUCGAUGGAGAGAUGGGUGGAUUGGACACAUGGACAAAUGUGAGAUCUACUACAACAGCAAUAAGUAGAUCUAGUGUUUACAUGGCCACGUGUGAGUGAAUAGUUUCGAGACAAUGUAAGACUACAACGUCGAAUUUGGACAUGUAGCCGGGGGGGGGGCAAUUAAAGAGAUGAUAGAUAGGGUGCAUAGUGAAGUGUCUAUAUGGGUAUUUUCGGGAUACGAUUUUGAGGUAGUACAUGUAAAUGUUGGGAACAAGCAAUAUCUUGAUUGUCGAAAAGCUACGACGCAAUGCGUUACAAAAAAAACAGAUUGUUAAACAAGCAGAUGCAUUAUUAAAAACCAGAGUUCCUCAGCCACACGCAAGGAAACUAGUCACCUUUCUCGGUAUCAACUAUUGGUUUGAUGAUCACUUCAGGACAUUGUGGUAUAAUCAAAUUUCACGCUAACACUGGCCUCCUCAGAAAGUCGGAUUCGUGGCGGCUGUUGAAAGAGACAGCAACAGAGCUUGGUACAUCACAAGGGUAGUGAUCACUGCCUCACUGAGUACUAUUUCAAAGGGCAAAACCACAACAAAGACCAAAGCUGUUACACUAUGGCCCACAGAAUUACUUUUAACUUUUUGAAAUCGUGCACCAAAAUUUGAGCUUUUGGAGAUCAGGGUGGCAUGUGAGCCCAAAAAUUAAAAACUCACGUUUGCACAUCGAAGCCGAUGGAACAUUGUGACAGCAUGUUUCCGGGAAGGUAGAGAGCAUGGGUUCGGACCUCGCAAAAAUAUGAAUAAUUGUAGAUUGACUGGUGGAUUAAUGAGUGAAUGCAUAAGAGGUUUUGAUGUGUGAAUAGACGUAAUGAUUUAUGUGAGGAUCAAUGGAUGAAUAAUGUUAUGUUCAAUAUAUCAAUCGCAUUUUCAAGGUGUGGCUCAGUAACUUUUCAUUGUAAUUUUUACGCCCUUCGGUCGACUUGUAAAUUUAAGGUGCUUCACAAAAAGCCAAAAAAAAUAGAAAUAUUUAUUUGUCAAUGAAGUGAAGGAAUUAUUAUUUCGAUGCCAAAUACCAUCCGAGUAAUUAUAUAUGAAACACGACGUUCCAAUCAUUUUUGUUUUCUACUUUAUUAUAAACCGGCUCUGAGCAACGUCCAGUUUUUCUACUCUUUCUAAUAAUGUAUAUGCGCCGACAUCGGGGAGAAAAAAAAUCAAGAAAAUAUAACAAUAUAAAAAUCCUAUUACUCUCUGAACUCAUGCGUUCUUUUUGCUAAAAUAAAUCACCUGCCCCGAUUUAUCAGGUCCUGCCACCGAGGGUCUCACUUUAACAUGACCACGACCUUAAACCCCGUGCUUAUUUUCCCUGUUAAGGUGUGUAAGACCUGGUACCAAGUCUUCCAAGUUCCAGCUCUGUGGAGGUCGCGAAUCAUGAGAUUCAGCGGGAAAAGAUCACAAGGAGACAUCAAAUCUGAACUUUGGCUGAAGUCUAAAUUUGCAUCACCAAGGUCAUACGGUACAGUGACGUAGCUACUAUACACUGUCAUAGUAAGAUACUGUUAAGGCUAACAUUCCAAUACAACUAGCAGUACUGGCACAAUUGAGUUAGUGAUACAACUGUACAUGUAACACGCCGGUUAAAAACAGGCUCUUACUAGUGAAGGUCCCCGACAGGUACAAAUAACAUUCAUAGAUAACUAUAUAUAAAUAUGCUAUAAGAAUUUUUGGAGGUCACCAAAAUUUGUUCACUAUUAACGGACAACGGAUAAAAAUGACGAUAGGGGCCGCAUAAUCAUUUUGUACAAUUCUUGCAAGCCAGAACGAACGUUCUGAGGGAAAAGACAAACAAAACAACUAAGUUUAGUAUUACAUGUUAAUCAGGAAAUGCAAAAAAGCAAACACAACAAUAUGUAUUUAUUGAAAAGUUAGCAACGAUCACGACGUUAGCAAAAAUAUAGUUACAUCAGACCUAGUGCGCACAUAUCUCAAAAACUAGGCAGCAAGAAAGGUUAGUGGGACUUGUGAAACUGACAUUUGGCUUUCAGGGUAUUAUCAUUGUUUGCUUUGGAAUUGCUGCAUUCCAUCAAAAGAAUCGUUUUCAAAAUUUGAUACGAUUUUGAGGUAGUACAUGUAAAUGUUGGGAACAAGCAAUAUCUUGAUUGUCGAAAAGCUACGACGCAAUGCGUUACAAAAAAAAACAGAUUGUUAAGGGCAAUAAACAAGCAGAUGCAUUAAACAUUUAAUGUUUACCAAGCCGCCUCGCUCGAUGUGAUGACUUCACAUAAUUUUUUGUUUGGAAAUGUUUGCUCACAGACAUAAGUUGUUCCUUGCAUGCUGCAAACGGAUGCCAACUCUUCCGUUAUCGAAAAGUCCAAAUUGACACCACAAAUGAACACGAGAAGUUGUAGAGAUCAGUAGGCUCAUCCGGUGCCAGAGAAUACCACAGCAUGUUCCUAGCUUUCUCCCAUACCUUUAGCACUAUGUUCUCUCCAAGUUCUUCUGCUCUCCACACAGCUACACUUGCAGAAGUGCCGUUAGUUCCAACCGCGGCGACCAUGAUUUUCAAUGACCCCUUAUGAUUCCAAAACUCCUCUUUCUUUCAGCCAUUUACAGUUUGUGAAAGCUAUCAGACUAUAAUAUAUAAGCUGGAAUAGGCUUAAUGGAAAUUGAUUCUUCUUUUAUAUUUUUUUUUCAAACCAGCUUUAAAAAAAAAAAACUCGAUUUACUUGUGAGGUAUUUUAAAUGAUGCCAUCCUUUGAUGCCAUCUUUUGUUAAUUAAUUCUAAAAUAAAGAUAUCUUGUUUUAUGCUGAUCUAACUUCUAGUUUGAACCACAUUAUAUUUCACCAGUUAAAAGAAUCUGAUACUGUGAUCUAUACGCCCACUAAAAAAAUAUCUAUAGCAAAUACACGUUUGCAAACAAAGUUACCUCGCAUUGUGUUGCAAACGCUGGUACUCUACUUUGAGUAGUUAACGUUUUAGAAGCCAGCUUAGCUUGCUCCCACUAGGCAUUGCAAUGCCAUUGGUUAUUUUAUUCAUUUUACAUACUCUUUGUUCAUUUAUUUACUAUUAAGAUACCGCAUUGUUCGAUUUUGAGAUUAUAUUGUAGGAUUUUAGGAGUUUAAAGGUAAAUACGUCUGCAACAAACAAGAAAACCCAGGUACAAUAAUUUAAAAUUGAAAGGGUAAAUUAAGGUGCAAAUCAACCAGGACGUGUGAAGGUCUCCUAGUAUGCUAAAAAUGAUAUUGAAAUUGAAAUCGUAUCACAACAUCUCGUGUUCCAUACGUUUUAUCAAGCAAGUCCAAGUACCGUUUGCGGGCCGGAUGAACUGGCUUCUCAGGCUGGAUCCGGCCCGCGGGCCGUAGUUUCUUGUUCCCUGUGGUUAGCUGUAAGUCGUAGUCAUGGUAAUCACUUACUAAUCCCAACCCUACUCUUAUUUUCGCUAUCCAUCCCUCACAUUCCACCAUUUGUCCUUACGCCAUGAUUGUUAAUGACACAUUCCUAAUUUAUUUCUCAUUAGGACAGCAGGCGAUCAAAUUCGCCAAACAGUUCUCCACUUCUGUUCAAGAAAUCACAGUCCACUUCCUUCUAUUGUCUGAGCUUAGGGAAAGUGCCAACCUCUUCAGGGAGCUCUCUACGUGUCUGGAUGAAGCCAGCCUUAGAUAUAUUUAUAUUUCUGGUCUUGGACUAGAAGGGGUCAGAGGGCAGAUACGAAAAGAUUUGACUGACUCACUAAAGAGAUUAAUUGAGAAACAGCACUCACUUCGGGUAAGAAAAACAUAAAUACAAUCAGUUACUCAUCUUGGACAUAGCACCAGAAUACAUAGACAACUGGGAUAGGCAUAAGGAUCGGAGAGAGCAUGUUGUGGCGAUGUUGAUUGUUUGAUUGAAUAAUUAUAUAGAGCUGGUAUCCAUGCUAAUUAAGCAUGCUCACAGCGCUGUGAUGUUCUCAAAUAUUUUUGAAGAAAAAGAUAUUCAAUUUCUCUAAAAUAUUGAGAGAAACUGCUCCAUAAUUGUGGCGCUAUCGCUUUAAAAGAGCGCACUCCGUAUGAUUUUUUUUCUGUGUCCAUUUAAACUGGGAACUCUCAGUAUGGACUGUGUUGAAGAGCGCAGGCUCUAUAAGGAUAAGUGUUUAGAAAUCAAACCUUUAGAACAUUCCGGUGCAGAGCCUUCUAUACAGAUGUUUUUUAGCAGGGGCUUAAGUCUCCUUGUAUCCUGGUUUAAAAUAAUAAAUUUAAAUACAAUCAAGACGAUCUAAAUUAAAUAUUUUAUUGUAUUUUUAAUAUGCUAUGUAUUUAUUUGUAUACAUAAGUCUGGGAGAACAUUUGUGAACAUAUGAAGCAAUUUCUUUUGUUGCUAUUUUUUCCCCUUUAAAUCAGUUGUAAGUCUAUUUCAUUCCAUGUUGUAUUGCAUAAUUAUGAUUACUCUAAGAAUAAUUUUUGUUCUUUGUUUUUGUUUGGUUUUUUUUUAAUAGAAAUUUCGCAUAAAAUCGUCUCACUUUGACCUUGAGAGUGGUCUACAAAUUCUACAAUGUUUAGCUGGGGCCUCUGCACAAACUAUUACAGACCUAGCUCUAAACGGCUUAUUUCAAAAUGGAGUAUCUCUUUACCGAGAG